GAAGGGUCUAGGCCCGAAACGUCAGCUUUUGUGCUCCUGAGAUGCUGCUGGGCCUGCUGUGUUCAUCCAGCCUCACAUUUUAUUAACUGACUAUGUCCCUCUGGUGGAGGUGGCUGAUUGACUGACUUUGUCCCUCUGGUGGAGGGGGGAGCUGACUGUGUCCCUGUCACGGAGGACGGCAGCUGAAUGUUUCCCUCUGGCGGAGGCGGUCAGUUGUCUGACUGUGUACCUAGGCGGAGGAGAGGAGCUGACUGUGGCCCUGUGUCGGAGGCGGGGAAUUGAUUGACUGUGUCCCUCUGGCGGAGGCAGGCCGUUGACUGACUGCGGCCCUGUGGCGGAGGCGGAGAGGUGACCGUGUCCCAGUGGCGGAGGCGGGGAGCUGACUGGUUUGGGGGUGUGUUCAGUGUGUCUCCGUCUUUAUUCUGCCGCCCGGGUAAAGUCGCGUUUGCUGAAUAUGGCGGGACGCGGGAAGAGGAAGGCUGCAUUCAGAAGCUCCGAGUCUAAGAACCCGGUAGCUGAAGAUGGUAAGAAGAACCGAGGAGAGAAUUCCAGCAUUCCUGAGGAACUGCGACAAGAAGUUCGGGAUCUCUACAAGCUACAGAUGCCAGAAGAUUUUUAUCACUUCUGGGAAUUCUGUGAGAAGCAAGAUCCAGAGAAUCCAUGCGAGGCACUAAAGUCCAGCCUUGGACUGCGACUUGUUGGGCCAUAUGAUAUUCUGGCAGGAAAACACAAAGCAACAAAGAGAUCAGAGCCUAAUUAUCUGUUGCACUGGCGUUACUUCUAUGACCCCCCAGAAUUUCAGACCGUCAUCAAUGGAGACUCUGAAACGCAACAUCACCUUGGCUACUUCAGAGAUUCUCCAGAUGAAUUGCCGGUAUUCGUAGGGGCAAACGAGGCAAAGAACGGCUGCUCGGUGGUUCAAAUGGGAAACAAUUUGUUUAGUGCAGUGAACCUCCUUCUGUCCAGAAGACUGAAAGAAAUGGGUAAUAGAAGUCAGAGCAGUGUUUUGAAAGAGCUCGAGACCAAACUGACUACAGUAGCGAAGAAAUUAGGUUAUUCCCUAGAACAGAAAACUAAAGAAAUGAAGCAAAGGGAUAGGAAGGUUGCUACCAGAACCUUUCAUGGAGCUGGUUUGGUUGUUCCAAUCGAUAAAACUGGUGUAGGUUAUAGAGAGCUUCCUGAAACGGAUGGAAGUCUGAAAAAGAUCUGUAAAGCAAUUGUAGAAGCUCCAACUGAUGAAGCCCGGAUUAAAGCAUUUGCCCCAAUUCAAGAAAUAAUAACCUACGUUCAGUUUGCAAAUGAUGAAUGUGACUAUGGAAUGGGCUAUGAACUAGGAAUCGAUCUUUUCUGUUAUGGAUCGCAUUAUUUUCACAAAGUAGUGCAGCAGUUGUUACCCCUAGCAUACAAGCUGCUGAAGAGGCACCUGUUUGCUGAGAUUAUUGAGGUACAUUUGGUCAACAGAAAUUGGAAUGAUCUGGACCAACUGACUGUUUGAUGUUUGCCACAAAGAAAUCUGAAUCUUCAUUUAAAAAAAACUGGAUUUACAAACCUACUGCAUAAACUAGAAUGUUCUGUCUGCAUUGUAUACUGUUUAUUUUGAAGAAACAAUUUAACUUUUUUUAAA